UUUUUUGUUAAACGGAGGAAGUUAAAUUUUUCAUUUUAAGGUCAAAAGUAAGCGACGAGGAUCUUAUGGCGACUCCAUACACUCAGGUACUUCCCCCNCCACGUCACCAACACUUUCCAAAACGGAACCCAACUUCCAAAACUGUCAAUAACGACCGGUAUUUUCAAAAUCACCCGCUAAUUUUACUCAUCGAAAAAUGCCACAGCAUCAAGCAGCUCAAACAAAUUCAUGCUCAAAUGCUCCGUAUUGGGCUCUUCUUCGACCCCUUUUCAGCUAGCAAACUCAUCGAAGCUUCUGCUUUAUCACAUUUCUCUAGUCUCAAUUAUGCCCACCAAGUGUUCGAUCAAAUUCCUCAACCAAAUCUAUUUUCUUGGAACGCGGUUAUUCGUGCUUAUUCUUCUAGCCCGGACCCAAUGCAGAGUAUCUUGAUGUUUGUUAAUAUGAUUUGUGACGGUUGUGAGUUUCCGAGUAAAUUUACUUACCCAUUUGUGUUCAAAGCAUCUGCAAAGAUGAAAGCUUUUCGAUUCGGUAGAGGACUUCAUGGGAUGGUAGUUAAAGGGAAAAGGGUUGGUUUUGAUGUAUUUGUCUGUAAUUCUUUGAUUCAUUUUUAUGCUGAUUGUGGAUGUUUGGAUUCGGCAUAUUUGUUUUUUGAGAGUAUGCAGACAAGGGAUGUUGUUUCUUGGAAUACGAUGAUAUUGGGUUUUGUUGAAGGCGGUUGUGUUGAUGAGGCAUUGAAGAUGUUUGAUAGGAUGGGGGAGGAGAAUGUGAGGCCUAAUGAUGUGACCAUGAUGGCGGUUUCUUCUGCUUGUGGGAAGAAGAUGGAUUUGGAGUUUGGUAGAUGGGUGCACACGUUUAUUGAGAGGAAUGGGAUUAAGGAGAGCUUAAUUUUAGAUAAUGCGAUUCUUGAUAUGUAUGUGAAAUGUGGGAGCACUGAGGAUGCUGAAAGAUUGUUUGACAAGAUGGGGGAUAAGGAUGUUUUUUCUUGGACAACUAUGCUUGUUGGAUAUGCAAGGGCGGGAAAUUUUGUUGCAGCAAGAAGUGUUUUAAAUACGAUGCCUAGCCAAGAUAUUGCUGCUUGGAAUGCUCUUAUCUCAGCUUAUGAGCAGAGUGGCAAACCAAAGGAGGCUUUAGCUGUUUUCAAUGAGUUGCAGCUCCACAAGAAGGCAGAACCUGAUGAGGUAACUCUUGUCUGUGCGCUAUCUGCAUGUGCUCAGUUGGGUGCAAUCGAUUUAGGUAGGUGGAUUCAUGUGUACAUGAAGAAGCUAGGAAUAAAAUUAAACUGUCACCUUACUACUGCACUGAUCGACAUGUAUUCCAAGUGCGGGGAUGUGGAAAAAGCACUUGCAAUAUUCGAUUCUGUCAAUAUUAGAGAUGUGUUUGUAUGGAGUGCUAUGGUUGCUGGCUUAGCAAUGCAUGGGCGUGGCGAAGAAGCAAUAAGUUUGUUCUUGAAAAUGCAAGAACACAAGGUCAAGCCUAAUUCCGUUACGCUCAUAAACGUAUUAUGUGCUUGCAGCCACUCAGGAUUGGUGGAGGAGGGGCGGGCAAUCUUUAACCAAAUGGUGAACGCUUAUGGGAUUGUUCCAGGGGUAAAACAUUACGCUUGCUUAGUUGAUAUACUUGGCCGUGCAGGUGAACUGGAAGAAGCUGAAGAACUGAUAAAUAAUAUGCCAGUAACCCCUGGUUCAACAGUUUGGGGUGCUCUGCUUGGGGCAUGUAGAUUACACGGCAAUCUUGAACUAGCCGAACAAGCUUGUAACCGUUUACUUGAGUUGGAACCUGAAAAUCAUGGUGCAUAUGUAACUUUAUCCAAUAUUUAUGCGAAAUCAGGGAAAUGGGACGAGGUUUCCAUGUUAAGGAAGCAUAUGAGAGAAUGUGGAUUGAAGAAAGAACCAGGUUGUAGCUCAAUUGAGGUCAACAGUGUUGUUCAUCAGUUUCUAGUGGGAGAUACUGCUCACCCUCAGUCACAGAAAAUCUAUGCGAAAUUGGAUGAGAUUGCAACUAGACUGAAGCAUGUAGGUUAUGUUUCCAACAAGUCACAGAUACUGCAACUUGUUGAAGAAGAAGAUAUGCAGGAACAAGCGCUAAAUCUUCACAGUGAAAAACUAGCCAUGGCAUUUGGACUUAUCAGUGUGGCUCCAUCUCAACCAAUUCAUAUCGUUAAGAAUUUACGUGUAUGUGGGGACUGCCACGCUGUUGCCAAGCUUCUCUCCAAGAUUUAUGAUCGAGAAAUACUAUUGAGGGAUCGGUACCGGUUCCAUCAUUUUAAAGAGGGGAACUGCUCAUGUAAGGACUACUGGUGAGUUUUAGAAUUCACUUCAUAGUACUACAGAGACAGGAUGUUACUUUUUAUAUAUUGCCUCCCUAUGGAAUUAAUAGCUCAGGCAGGUCGCGCUGAUGAUUGCAAAUAUGUUGUUAAUUAGCAUGUAGAUGAAACAUGAUGUAGAUUAGACACACUGAUAGGAACUGUCAUAUAAAGCCACCAAUGUACUUAUUUCUUUCACGUUGUCUA